AAUGGAAUCUAAACAGGAAGAUAACGCCGAAACCUAUGACGAUGUAGUUUUCAGAAAGGACACUCCACAGGCAAAGCCAAACGUGGAAACACAGCCGUAUAAAGAUUCUGAUACAGUGAAGCAUAACCCAUUAUUCUUUAUCCCAUCUGCCAUCGCUGUUGCUUCGCUCUUAACAGCCCUUGCCACUUUGGUUUUAGCUGUGGCAAUCAUGACGGCACGGAGCGAGGCUUCGACAGAUAAGUCGCAGAUCGAAAAGAAGGUUCAGGAGUUGGAGAGGAUCCUCUUGGCUCUACAAAAAAAUUCGAAACGUCAGAAUUUCAAAAGAAUGUACAAGAGUUGAAAAGGAACCUCUCUGCAUUCAGAGAUUACUCGGU